GCAGCCAAAACACAACCUCCCACUUUGUUAGAGAAACACACAUUCUCUUCCGAACUCAACAAUUGAAUUGUAUAUUCAUCUUUCAACAAUCGAUUCGAGCGUUCAAUAUGAAGGCAUCUCUCCUUACCAUGAUCGUGGCCUUCUUUGGUGCAGCAGUCUCCCAAGAGAUCUUCCGUUGCCGUUGCGCGAGUGCAACCGAUUUUGACGUAAGCCUGGAAGGUAUCUCAAGCCUGUGUACCUCCAAGGGUGGAGAGAUUGAGAGCGCAGGCUUGUGCAUCAAGGUGCCCUCCAGAUUCACAAACGACGAGUGCACAAAGGUCGAAGCCGGGGCCAAGGGCGAAUGCAUCGUCGACACCAUCUCCGGCGGGUCCACCAGCUCCGUGUCCUCGCCCGCCGCUACGGCACAAGCUACUCCAAAGCCUAGAGCUGUCGAUCCUCAAGCUUGGGUGGCCUAGAUGGUUAAGAGGAC